AUGGAUAAUUUAAAUGGAUCAAUUGAAAAUACAACAAUAAAUAUUACAGAUGAUAUUGAUUUACCUGGUCUACGUGUACCUGAUAUGAAACGUAUUAAAAAUGCGCGUAAAGAACGUGCAAAUCAAUUAAAAGAAUGGCAAAUUUAUGAUAAAAAAAUGCAAAAAGAAUCAGAAAAAUUACAAAAAAAAGGAUUAUCUCCAUUAAAUGAUAGAAAACAUUAUAAUUCUAACCGAUUUGUAAAAUUUCCUCAAAGUUUAAUAUUUUUAGAAGCUGCUGCACGAGGAGAUCUAGAUGAAGUUCGUGAAUUACUUAGCAGUGGAGUCUGUCCAGAUGUAGCCAACGAGGAUGGAUUAACAGCAUUACAUCAGUGUUGUAUUGAUAACAAUUUGGAAAUGUGUCGGUUACUUCUUCGAUAUGGAGCAAAUCCUAAUUCUCGUGACACAGAACUAUGGACUCCAUUACAUGCGUCAGCUACAUGUCAUCAUACAGAGAUGUGUAAAAUUCUAAUUGAUCACGGUGCAGAUCUACUAGCUAUGAAUGUUGAUGGUAAUAUGCCUUAUGAAUGUUGUAUGCCUGGACCAACACUGAAUUUAGUAGAAACCGAAAUGGAUAAAAGAGGCAUAACACAAGAAGAAAUAGACGAUUGGCAUCGGGUGCCAGAAUGUGAAAUGCUUGCAGAUAUGGAAGCUUUAUACAAAGCUGGUGCAGACCUUGAUCGACUAGAUGCACAAGGAGCAUCUAUGGUGGGUAAAGCUAAGUGGCCUUAG